AGUUACGUUGAUAAUGUCAAAACGUUUGGUUCACUGUGCUGCUGUUGCUGCUGCUGCUGUUAGUGCUGCUGCCGCCGCCGCCGCUGCUGCUAAAGCUGCUGCUAACGACGCUGCCACGCAAGGACAACAACACGGCAACACGAAAACAUCGACAACAGCGACAACAACGACAACGCAGAAUGUUAAACGGUGCGCGCCUGGUGCAUAAAUAAGUAAAUUAGUGAACGGAAACAAUUAAUUAACAAUACGAGACAUAAAGUUGCAUUUGCUGUCACACAAACAAAAUGAAAUCAACACAAAAACAACAAAUAUAAAUCGAAUUGAUAAAACGACGCCCAUGGCAAAGUGUCAGAAUUGUGAAAAUUAAUAUUUCACUAGAGAUUUGAGUACUUUGCCAAACAAACAGUGCAAACAACGUAAACUUUUUUCGGUUUUUAAAACAUUUUAUGGUUUUUGACCCACAAAACACACACACACACACACAAGCAGUUCUCAUUCUCUCUCUUUUUCUCUGUCUCUCUGUUUUCCGUUGUUGCGCGUAAAAUUAUGAAAAAUAUGUCCAAAAUGUGCAACAACAAAAACAACAAACACGUAAACAACAACAAGAACAACAACGUCAGGAAAAACAACACGUAGGACGGCAAAGUCCGGUCUCGGUUUGAAUUUGGAUUUGGGUUUGGGUCCCUUUCCAGUCUCCAGCCUCAGUGUCGGUCUCAAAGUUCAAAUCCCAGCCGUGUUCUCUCAGUUCGUGUCCGUUUUGGGUAUAUGUGUGUGUUAGUGUGUGUGCAUUUUUACACAAGACUGCAACCAGCAAGCGUUGUGUAACACUGUAACGUGCUAAAUUUGUUAAUUUACGACCACUGACUACAAAUAAUCAAAAGCAACAGCAACGAGAAAACAUAACAUUUGAUAUUUGUUAUUCCCCAAAGCUGGUUUCGCUGACUUAAAGUUCGCCAGCAGACGUCGGCCAGCAGUGUGGUCCAAACACAAUUGACAUUUAUUGGCCAAUAUAUAUUUAUAAGCAGUCCGCCCAAAGGAAGUGGCUGGCUUGCAGACACAACACAUUGCUUGAAAGAGAGAGAGAGAGAGAAAGCAAAAGCAAACAAAAACUAAAAGAAAUAAAAGAGAUAGUAAAAACUAGGUUUAUAAAUCUUGAUGUCAUCAUUGCUGCAUAGGAAUUGGCAGCAGACUCGCAUGCAAAUGUUGAGCAGUACGACGAGAAGGACAAACAGCACAAUGCCGUCCUGCGGGCAACGGGGGCGUGCCCCGACAUCGGCAAUAUCAGCAGCGGGCACCAGCUGUAUUUGCUGGCUGGCCUUACUUGUGCUAUUAAUGUUCGUGCCCGAUUUUAUUGUUGCGCUCAAGGACGUGUCGGUGAGGAUUCCACAGGCGGUAAAGCGCGGCAGUAACGCCCUGUUCACCUGUAAUUACGAUAUGGAAAACGAUACGCUAUAUUCGGUGAAAUGGUAUAAAGGCAAGCGUGAGUUUUAUCGCUAUACACCCAAAGAGAAUCCGGCAAUGAAAGUGUUUGCCAUGACAAGUGGCCUUAAUGUCGAGAGGAACCUCUCGAAUCAAAGUCAUGUCGUGCUGCAGUCGGUGCCGCUGAAUAUUUCGGGCAAAUUUACAUGCGAAAUAUCCGUGGAGGCGCCCACAUUUCAAACGGCUAUGGUAUCCGGCGAAAUGGAGGUGGUUGAAUUACCGGAAGAGCACACAGUGGUUACCGGGAUCCAGGCACGUUAUCGCAUUGGCGAUUUGGUCGACGGCAAUUGCUCAAUUAAAUACUCGAAGCCGGCUGCUAAUUUGACAUGGACUAUUAAUGGUAUUGUGGUGCCGCCGCAUCACAUCAAGACGUAUCAGAUCGAGAAACAGGAGAAUAGCUCUCUGGAAUCUGUGACAAGUGCCAUACACUUUAUGGUCACCAACCAGCAUUUUCUCAAGGGACAGAUGAGGCUGAAGUGCACCGCGAAUAUAUUUGACAUAUUCAAAGAGGAAAUCGAGAGCAUUAUCGAGGAGGAUCGCCCCAGAAUAAUGGCAUCGGGCAGAUCAUAUGAUAUCAACAAUUAUCCACUCGAUGAGCAUGGCAAUAAUAAUGGGGAUCGAGAGCGUGGCGGCUACGAGGAUCACAAUGAAUCAUAUUUGACAUACUACUCGGCGGACAACAGUGCGUCGGGCGCGGCGAGUGCAGCGCAUGAAAUCUUUUGGCGCCUUUGGCUGUUAAAGCUGGUGGAGGCGCUGCCCUUUCAGCACAUUGCAAAGCUUCACAGACACAUCAACAGGCAGCUCCUGAAGUGGGCGUGGCAUUUUGAUGCAUUCGCCCAGCCACCCAGCGGGCUUUGGGCUGCCCAUCAAAUUAUCAACUGUCAAUACGCCAGCGAGAGGCUAACAGCGACGCAACAGUCGACUAGCGACGCAGACAGCGAUAGCGAUAGCGAGCGUGAGCGAGAGCGAGAGAGAGAGAGCAGCAAUGAUGUGACAAUGUCAAAGGCAGCGUUGAGCAGCGACAAAUGCUUUUAUAAUUGUCAAAUGGCGUUGGCAACUUUCGGCUGGCAAUUCGAAUCUGGAUCAGGCAAACGUUCAACGAGACGCAGAAGAAGAAGAAGAGCAUGUUGAUGAUGAUGAUGAUGGCGUUGGCGGGGGGAAUAUUGCGAGUGCUGCCAGUUUGAGAGAUGAUUUAACUGCAGCUUGCGCUGAAGCAGUGCCACUAACGCGUCAACAGCUGUCAACGACACUUGCCCAAGUGGGCGUGUCCACGCAGCUGGAUCAACGAUUAUUGAUGACUUGGCAGAAGUUGGCAACGCGACCAGCAGCCGUUGCUCUCAUCGCGUGCUGAUGCUGAAUUGAUGAUGAAAUGCAUUUCAAAAAGUAGCUUAAGGUGAAACGGAAAGCGUCGAGAAUAUUUCUCUUAACACGCCCCCCCCCCCCUUCCACCCCCUCCCCCAUCAAUUCGCUCUUUCUUUUGUUCUCUGUUUGUUUUUGCGAGCGCAAUAAUUAAUGCCAUAAGACAAGCAGAAAUGAAAUAUGAAAAAAGGGAAAAGUGCUUAACUGUUAAAACGCCACUUUGAGGCUUGAAAUAAAUACCAAGAAGCAUACGAAGCGCAAGAGAAAACUUGUAAUUUGAUAUUAAUGCAAUGGCAAA